UCACUUUCCUCCUCCUUUAACUGCUCUGCACGUACAGCUGUUUAAUUUCAUUCAGCAAAAUGAACACAACUGCAUGUAUGCGCUUUAUUCCAAAAUAGGCUAUUCAGUUGCAUUGAAUAUUUUCACCACCUGCCAUCAUUUCCAGCAUGUCUGAUUUGGAACAGAAGGCAGGAACGGCUUAGCAGCGCCAAAUACAGCUAUACAGAAGUGUGAAGAGCACAUUGUUUACCCCCUUUUUGACAUGAGCUCAUUUAGUUGUAUUUUAUUUAACACAGACAUACCUCCACAUAUUAAUGGGAAACCAUAAUGGUCUGUUUGGACCAGUUCCCCACCUCCUUAUACUCACAGGGGGGUUAAUUAUAAACUGUGCCCAGUGCAUAUUUAUUCCCAUAUGGUUGUGAUGCGAAUGCAUGUCUGUCCUAUCUCAAUAAAAUAUAUCACUACAGUUUGUUGGUGCUCUCACCCAGCACACAUAGGGUUAAGAAUAAUGCAAAACUUGGUGUGACUUAAAAGCUGUUGCUGCCCCGAUGAGCAGAUAAGCGCUCUUCUUCACUUAUUUCCCACUGAUUAGACUAUGGGGACGGAUGAAACCCAACCACACACUGAAAUUGAUAUUUAUCAGGGAAAGAGGAGCAUUUUUAGUUUUCUAGUCCUGAGACAUGCACAGCAUGAGAUGCGCUUAAAGACUAUUUAAUGUCAUGGAGACAACUGUGCAUUUUACCAUUUUGUUUUAUGUUCAAUAAUUAUCUUCAAAAUUACCUCUAUUUUUGAAUUUGGGAGAGAGAGAACAUAGGCGGCUGGAAAGCAGCACUCUAAGUGAAACAUAGAUCUUUUCUGGUGAGAAUCUGCAAUGGAAAUGAUGUCCCAAGAGAGACAGUGACAAAAGGAGCACAGUGAGCGCCUAGCAUGCUACGGUAAUAAAGGAAAUGGUUUGUUGGGUUUGCAAACAGUCUUCCUCAAGAGGGUCCCGCUCAGGAACAAAAAAGAACAGUUUACACAUUUCUUUAGAAGAAACCUUGCAGUGGGCUGAAUCUUUUCAGAAAAUGAUGUCAACACAAUAUGGACCAGCUGUUUAUGCUGCCUACCUAAAAACUGAGUUCAGUGAUGAGAACAUUGAAUUUUGGUUUGCUUGUGAGAGAUAUAAAAAUAUCACUUCCAGGUGGAGACGAACAUUAAAGGCCAAGAAGCUCUAUAAAACAUACAUCAAACCAAAUUCUCCCAGGGAGAUCAACAUAGACAGCCCAACAAGAGAAGCACUGGAAAAAGAAAUUCAGCAGCCAACUCCAAAGAGUUUUGACGAAGCCCAGAUAAUCGUUUUACGACACAUGGAAAGAGAUUCAUACCCACGAUUUUUGGCUUCCAAUGUUUACCAAAACAUUGUGAGCAAUUUACAUGAUAAAAUAUAAAUGUUACCACUAAGAAUAAGUCAGUUUAAGUAUCAUCUAGUAAAAUAAAAAAAAGUUAAUAUUUUUGCAAA